ACGAGUUCAUCCACAACACAACCCCUCCUCAUCCUCGAUCCACAAGACACCACCCAGUCGCGGCUCCCAAAGAAGUUUCGCGCAGUUGGCGAUAUCUGCUCAAAUAGCCCAAGAUGCCUCCUCAAAUCAAGCAAGAUCUCAACCGCUCUGGUUGGGAGACCACCGACUUCCCUUCAGUCUGCGAGAACUGUCUCCCAGACAAUCCAUAUGUCCAGAUGAUCAAACAAGACUACGGAGAAGAAUGCAAAAUUUGCACACGACCAUUUACGGUAUUCAAGUGGAAAGCGGACCGCACAGCACGAAGCAAACGUACCAACAUCUGUCUCACGUGCGCCCGUCUCAAGAACUGCUGCCAAUGUUGUAUGCUCGAUUUGUCCUUCGGUCUCCCCAUCGUAGUCCGCGAUGCAGCGCUCAAAAUGGUAGCACCUGGCCCUCAGAGCGCCGUUAAUCGAGAGUAUUACGCACAGGAGCACGAGAAAGAGAUUGAAGAUGGGAGGGGAGGGGUUGAGGCAUAUGAGAAGACGGACGAGAAAGCUAGAGAGCUCCUACGACGACUAGCGAACAGUGAACCGUAUUUCAAGAAGCAGAGACGGAUUGGACCAGCCGAGGGAGAAGGUGCUGAAGGAGACAGCUCGGGGAGUGCAAUGGCGUUGGCGAAUAACGGCCCCGGUCCGAUACGAACAAGAGAUAACAGAGGCGCGCCAAGUUCGAGAGGAACGACUCUACGGGGUGGAAGGGGCGGGCCAAGAGGAGGAAGGGCUUUCCCGAGUGCGGCACAAUUACCUCCUGGACCGCAAGAUAUCUUACCGCCGGCAGACCAAUCCAUCACUUCAUUAUUUGUUACCGGCGUGGAGGAUGAUUUGCCUGAAUUCAAGAUCCGUGACUUCUUUUCCCCUUAUGGGAAGAUCCGGUCUCUAGUCUGCUCGCAUAUGUCACAUUGUGCGUUCAUCAACUACGCUACGAGAGAGGGGGCGGAGGCUGCUGCAGAAGCAUUAAAGGGGAGAGCUGUUAUUGCUGGGUGUCCGUUGAGAGUUCAGUGGGGGAGGCCGAGGCCCAUUGGGAAUAUGGACAAAGAUGAGAGAAUAGCUACUGGGAGGGAAGGACGGUCUGCCUUUUCGGAUUCGAGUUCGCAAGGAGGGGUUGGAGGCGCUCGAAGAGCUAUUGACCCUCCGCCGAAGGACGAUCUGGCUAGCAUGGCUGCUGUGGCCCCACCACCGGGUCAAGAUGAUGUUCAAUAUGCAAGCUUGGCUGGGAAUUGAUGGAUAUUGGUCAUUUGCAUUGGAAGGCGUUGGGCGACGAUGAAAUCGGUCUGGGCAUGGCGAUGACUUGUUCGUAGGUAUAUUAUGAAUUGAAUGAUUACCCUGGGCUUUCAUUAUCACUCUGCUGUAAAAGCAUGUGCACUGUGCUUCUUCGAGCUACUGUAUUGAAUUCUUGUUACUCGAUAAGCAUAAUGUAACUUUGACAAAGCAACCUCCC